AUGCCACCGAUACACAGACCACUGAUGGAAACAGGGAAUUUGGUUCUCUUUGGAGGUGGCCAAAACAGGGGCAUCAUUUCAUGGCAGAGCUUUGAUUAUCCCACUAAUACACUGCUUCCUCACAUGAAAGAAGGGGUGAACCUAACAUCCGGCUUCCAGUGGAGGCUAACAUCAUGGAAGUCGAAAGAUGAUCCCGGGACUGGCAAUUUCGGAGACAUGAUGGAUCUUAACGGUUCACCUCAAAUCUUUCUGUACAAGAAUUCUGAAAAGAUAUGGCGAUCAGGGCCAUUUAACGGGAUUCAACUUAAUGGAAUCCCUGAUAUGACUACGUACUUAAUCUUCAGAAUGCUUUAUGUUGAUAAUGAAGAUGCAUUUAGUGUUUCCUACAGUGUUAGUGAUCCCACAUUUUUUUCGAGACUAACCAUAAGCGAAUCAGGGACCGUGGAGAGGCUAACAUGGCAAGAAAGUCAGCAGAGAUGGGUAAGGUUUUGGUCUGCACCAAUGGACGACUGCGAUCAUUAUAGACAUUGUGGUUCAUUUGGUCUUUGUGAUCCUUACAGAUCAAAUGAAUUUGAGUGCAAAUGCCUUCCCGGUUACGAGCCUAAGGUUGAAAGCGAAUGGUACUUGAAGGAUGCCAUCAAUGGCUGCAGAAGAAAGCCUGGAGAACAAAUUUGUGGAAACACGAGCGCUGAUGUCGGGUUCAUAAAACUGACAUCUGUUAAGGUUCCAGACACCCGGAAUGCGAUGGCGAAUCGGACGCUGGGACUGAAAGAUUGUGAAGAUUUGUGCUUAAAGAAUUGUUCCUGCACCGCUUAUGCUAGUGCUAAUGUAAGUGAUGGUGGAAGUGGAUGCUUGACUUGGUAUGGUGAUUUGAUAGAUACGAGACAGUUUUCCAAUGCAGGCCAGGAUGUUUAUAUCAGAGUUUCUGCAUCUGAAUUAGAGAUCGGACAGCAAAAAGCUGAUAACCAUCCUGGUAUCAUCAGUAGGAGUGGUUCUGUUAUUAAUUUCCGCAAUUUGUUUGAUAUUGUGGAAGCGCAAAGCACCAAUUCCGUGCUCCCACAACCAAACCAACCAACUUCUUCUUAUACAGUCAUGAGUGUUAACAGUGCAGAAAACCCAACGAGCACAAAAGAGUCGACGAAUGAGAUCACUCUCACUGUAAUUGAGGGUCGUUAG